ACAGUUCCACCCUCAUUAAGGAAAACAAAAGUUCGAGUUAAAACAUGGUCAGGUCGUGCAUUCAGCUGCAGGCACCGUAUGGAUGAAUUCUCGCAGUACACGAGAUCUGAGAGUGGAUAUACUGGACAAUGUACUGGAAAAAUGAACAAACAACAUCGAAAGAGAGUCCAGGCAAGAACAGCUGUAAAACUCAAGAGUUGUUUGAAGAAGUAUCGUGCUCGUCGUCGUUGUCUCGGUCGCCCAGCUCUUCACCUCAUGCCAUGACAGCGAAAGCCAUCUGUACCAGCUGUGGCACUGAGAUAGUCGACAAAUACCUGCUCAAGGUGAACGACAUGUGCUGGCACGUGAGAUGCCUGUCGUGCAGCGUGUGCCAAACAUCUCUGGGCAGACACAUCAGCUGCUAUAUAAAAGAGAGAGAGAUAUUUUGUAAAUUAGAUUACUUCAGGAAAUACGGGACACGUUGCGCUCAUUGUGGCAAGAAUAUACAUUCAAAUGACUGGGUUCGUAGAGCAAAGGGGAACACCUACCACCUGGCUUGUUUCGCGUGCUUCUCCUGUAAGAGACAGCUGUCCACAGGAGAGGAGUUUGCCCUGGUGGAUGAGAGAGUUCUGUGUCGAGUGCACUAUGAUUGCAUGCUGGACAACCUGAAACACGCCAUGGAGAAUGGAAAAGGAGUGAAUGUGGAGGGAGCUGUUCCCUUGGAGCAGGAAGUGAAUCAACCCAAGCCAGCCAAGAGGGCACGUACAAGUUUCACAGCUGACCAGCUACAGAUAAUGCAAGCUCAGUUUGCUCAGGACAACAAUCCAGAUGCCCAGACUUUACAAAAGCUGGCAGAAAGAACUGGUCUUAGCCGCAGGGUUAUUCAGGUUUGGUUCCAGAACUGUCGAGCUCGUCAUAAGAAGCAUGUGAGCCCAAAUCACUCAUCCACUGCACCUGUGUCAUCUCUGCAGCCUACCAGACUCUCUCCGCCUCUAAUAGAUGACUUUCAGUAUGCUGCUUUCGCCCCUGUGGACACCCCUAUGCUCACUGCUCUACACUCCUAUAUGGAUGGUACUUUAUGCUCUGAUGGGAUAUUACUGUACCAGUGAUUCAGUGUAUGGGGCUUGAUUAAUUACGUCCACUCUUCCGCUUCACUGGGGCUGCAGUCACUCUUGCUUCACUCGAUGACACCGCUGCCCAUCAGCCAUGCCUGAGACGCCCUCUGAUUGGGAAAUAUUCACUCUUCUAUUGACUGAGUCUUGAUGAAAGACCUGUGCUAUCUUUCAUGGGCACUUACUGAAGGAUAUCUAUCUUGAAAUGACCUAAAAAGAAAAGAUUUCAACAUAAUUGUGAAAAAGAGCCAGAAGUUUUUGUUUAAUAUAUAAUAUUUAUCUAUGGAGUGAUGGAACAAAUGGCUUUUAAUUUAUUUCUUGUAUGUGACUGAGCACUUUGUUUUAAAAUAAAUGUAACAUGGAAUUCUUAGUUUCUGGAUUAGUUGGCGCACAGUUUUUUUUUUGUUUGAUAGUUCUAAAGAAACUUAGAAACUGAAGAAAAGAAAUAAAA